AUGCAAGCCUUUUCUCCUGAUCAUUUGCCUGAAAACCAUUCUUGUAGUUUUCACUUGUCAGUCUUGAUUUUUGCUCUAUUGAUCCUAUUCUUAGUUUCUGUGCUUGACAUACCUAAACUGAAGCGGGUUUUCCGGAAGGGUCUUUUGAAGGCUGCAAAAACUGCAGGUGCCUGGAUUGUGACUGGUGGAACUAACACAGGAGUGACCAGACAUGUUGGUGAUGCCAUCAGUGACCGCACAACCAAAGCAAAAAACAAAGUGGUUGCCAUUGGUAUUGCUCCUUGGGGGAUUGUUGAGAACAAGGAACUUCUUAUUGGAAAUGAUAAAGUUGUUCCUUAUCACUGUGUCUCGUCUCCCAAAUCAAACUGUGCUGUGCUCAACAGCAAUCAUUCCUACUUCCUGCUCAUUGAUAAUGGAACCAUGGGAAAAUAUGGCGGUGAGAUCAUGUUGCGCAAGAAGUUAGAGAAAUACAUUAGUCAACAGAAAAUAUGCAUAAAUAGUGGUGUGAAAGGGCGGGGUGUGCCAGUGAUCUGUGUGGUGCUUGAGGGUGGUGCCAAUACCAUCCGAUCAGUAUUAGAAUAUGUAACUGAUUCUCCACCAAUCCCUGUUGUGGUCUGUGAUGGUAGUGGGCGUGCUGCUGAUCUACUGGCUUUCACCCACAAAUAUACUUCAGAUGACGGUGAUAUGAUGGAAGGUAUCCAUGACCAACUGAUUUUGACAAUACAGAAGACAUUCCAGUACACUCAGGUGCAAGCAGAAAAACUCUUUAUAGAACUCAUGCUGUGUGUUAAGAAAAAAGAUCUGAUUACAGUGUUUAGAAUGGGAGAUAUUGAUCUUGACUUAGCAAUCCUUACUGCAUUAUUGAAAGCUGUGAUGGUGUUUCCUAACCAAGAUGCAAGUUCUAGCGCACCUGACCAACUAAGUCUCACUUUGACCUGGGAUCGGGUUGAUAUUGCUCGAAGCCAUAUCUUUGUCUAUGAUUCUCUCUCUUUAAAUCACUUUCUCUUUAAAUCACUUUCUCUCUCUUUUACUCACUUUCUCUCAGUUUCACACACUUUCUCUCACUCUCGCUCUUUCACUUACUUUCUCUCGCUCUUUCACUUACUUUCUCUCGCUCUUUCACUUACUUUCUCUCGCUCUUUCACUUACUUUCUCUCGCUCUUUCACACGCUUUCUCUCGCUCUUUCACACGCUUUCUCUCGCUCUUUCACACGCUUUCUCUCGCUCUUUCACACGCUUUCUCUCGCUCGCUCGCUCUUUCACACGCUUUCUCUCGCUCGCUCGCUCUUUCACACGCUUUCUCUCGCUCGCUCGCUCUUUCACACGCUUUCUCUCGCUGGCUUUAACUCACUUGCUUUGCUCUUCUCUUCUCACUCUUUCACUUGCUUUGUCUCCGCUCUGCAUUCUCUCACUCUCACUCUCUCACUCUCUGCCUUUUCCACCCACUUUCUCUCUCUUCCACCCACUUUCUCUUGCUCUCUCUCUCUUCCACCCACUUUCUCUUGCUCUCUCUCUCUCUCUUCCACUCAUUUUCUCUUGCUCUCUCUCUCUUCCACUCAUUUUCUCUUGCUCUCUCUCUCUUCCACCACUUUCUCUUGCUCUCUCUUCCCACCCCACUUUCUCUUGCUCUCUCUUCACCACUUUCUCUUGCUCUCUCUUCCACCCACUUUCUCUUGCUCUCUUUCCACCCACUUUCUCUUGCUCUCUCUCGCACUCUCUUCCACUCUUUUUUUUUCUCUCACUCUCUCUUCCACUUUCUCACUCUCUGCCUUUUCCACUCACUUUCUCUCUCUUCCACUCACUUUCUCUCUCUUCCACCCACUUUCUCUCUCUUCCACCCACUUUCUCUUACUCUCUCUCUCUCUUCCACCCACUUUCUCUUCCUCUCUCUCUCUCUUCCACCCACUAUCUCUUGCUCUCUCUCUCUCUUCCACCCACUUUCUUCCUCUCUCUCUCUCUUCCACCCUCUUUCUCUUGCUCUCUCUCUCUCUUCCACCCACUUUCUCUUGCUCUCUCUCUCUCUUCCACCCACUUUCUCUUGCUCUCUCUCUCUCUCUUCCACCCACUUUCUCUUGCUCUCUCUCUCUCUCUUCCGCCCACUUUCUCUUGCUCUCUCUUCCGCCCACUUUCUCUUGCUCUCUCUCUCUUCCGCCCACUUUCUCUUGCUCUCUCUCUUCCACCCCACUUUCUCUCUCUCUCUCUCUCUUCCACCCCUUUCUCUCUCUCUCUCUCUCUCUCUUCACCCACUUUCUCUUCCUCUCUCUCUCUCUUCCCACCCACUUUCUCUUCCUCUCUCUCUCUUUCCCCACUUUCUCUUCCUCUCUCUCUUUCCACCCACUUUCUCUUGCUCUCUCUCUCUCUUCCACCCCAUUUUCUCUUGCUCUCUCUCUUCUUCCACCCCUCUUUCUCUCUCUCUUCACCCACUUUCUCUUGCUCUCUCUUCCACCCACUUUCUCUUGCUCUCUCUUCCACCCACUUUCUCUUGCUCUCUCUUCCACCCACUUUCUCUUGCUCUCUCUUCCACCCACUUUCUCUUGCUCUCUCUCUUCGCCCUUUCUCUUGCUCUCUCUCUCUUCACCCUUUUCUCUUGCUCUCUCCUCUUUUUUCCACUUUCUCUUUGCUCUCUCUUUUUCCACCUCUCCUUUCUCUCACUCUCUCUUCCACCUUUUUUUUUCUUUUCCUCUCCCUUCUGUAUCUCUUUUGCCUUUCCUCUCCCUUCUGUAUCUCUUUGCCUUUCCUCUCCCUUCUGUAUCUCUUUGCCUUUCACUCUCCCUUCUGUAUCUCUUUGCCUUUCACUCUCCCUUCUGUAUCUCUUUGCCUUUCACUCUCCCUUCUGUAUCUCUUUGCCUUUCACUCUCCCUUCUGUAUCUCUUUGCCUUUCACUCUCCCUUCUGUAUCUCUUUGCCUUUCACUCUCUUUCAUUCCCUUACUUUCUUUAUACUCUGUCUCUCACUGUCAUUUUUGUCACUCUCUUUUCUCUUUCUCACUGACUUUUUCACUUUCACUCUCUUUCUCACUGACUUUCUAUUUCCCAUUCUUUCUCUUUCACUCUCACUUACAUUCAAAGGCUGCCAAAAAGGACACUCCAAUACUGCAGCAGCAGUGGUGGUGUCUGCAGUAGUGUUGCCACCACCAGCAGCAGCGGCAGUGGCAGGAGUGGUAGUGAUAGUAGCUGCGACAUCCAUUGCCGGUACGGCAACAGGAAUCUCUCAUCACCUGUUGCUGGGAAUGGAAACAAGGGACCCGGUUUCCUGUUCACUAAAGACUGGUCAUCUGUCUUACCCAGUCAGUGCCCGGACGAGUGACCAUUCUUUGCAUUUUGUCAACAACAACACUGAUGGCUUGGCGGCAGUGGGGGAGGUCAGGGUAAGUGAUAUAAAUAACUUGUCACUGGAAAGAAGCUAA